CCGACUUCUGCAUUCGGAUAUAAAGUAGUCGAUUCUUUGUUUCAUUACUUACUGGAAAUUCAUGGCUGAGUGUGGACCUUCGAGACUUAAGACCCCAGUGAACAGAAUGGAGAGUCAGUCGGAUGACGACUUUGAGUACUAUGACGAUGAUGACGUAGACGACUACUACGCAGAGGGACAGGACGAGAUCGAACCGGAAGACGAGAGGGAACCGGACCCGGAGUUUUACGAGUAUACAUGCCUCAAUGUGGACACCACUAAAACAUUCCUCAUAAAGGAGGUGCAAAAGGCUUGUGAGGUACUCAAGGUGCCGUCAUUUGCAGCGAAGGCUCUAUUGAUGACGCACCGUUGGAACUUGGAUGACAUCAGAAGUAGGACAAAGCAAGACAUCGCAAACCUCCUUGUAGAGUGUGGGAUCCUGCCAUCGGCAGACAGCAGCCUGACUAAGGAAACACUCCCACCUAGAAAUUACUGCUGCCCUGUGUGUAUAGAGGAACAAUCCAGUGAUCAGAUUAGAGCUUUACUCUGUGGUCAUUUCUUCUGCAAGACUUGCUGGUCGCAACAUUUGAAUGCGCUUAUCAAUGAAGGCAUAGCAACAGGCAUCCAGUGCAUGGCUGAGAAGUGUCUAAUGAGGGCGCCAGAGGAGUUUGUUGUUCCACUGCUUACGUCAGACCGGAGUCGAGUUCGGUAUGACGACUUCAUCUUCAAAGAUUGUGUAAAGAACCAUCUUCAGUUAAAGUUUUGUCCUGGUGCCGACUGCAGCAUCGUGUUCUAUGCAGAGACGAUCAGAAGUAAAAGAGUUGAGUGUAUACAAUGCAAGAGUAACUGGUGCUGUGCAUGUUGUGAUAAUUACCACGCACCGGCGGACUGUGAAAUCAUCAAACGCUGGUUGAACAAAUGCGCCGACGACUCCGAGACUGUUAAUUACAUUAGUGCCCACACAAAAGACUGUCCAGUAUGCAGCAUCUGUAUCGAGAAGAAUGGUGGAUGUAACCAUAUGCAAUGCUCCAAAUGUCUGCAUAACUUUUGUUGGAUGUGUUUAGGAGACUGGAAGACUCACGGUAGCGAGUACUACGAGUGUAGUCGAUACAAAGAGAAUCCCAACAUUGCUAACGAGUCUGCCAACGUCAAAGCCCGCGAGGCGCUCAAGAAGUACCUCUUCUAUUAUGAAAGGUGGGACAACCACGCCAAGAGCUUACGUCUUGAACAGGAAACACUCAGGAAGUCUCAGGAGAGGAUCCAAGAGAAAGUGGAGAAUAAGAUGGGAACCUGGAUCGAUUGGCAGUUCCUCCUCGCUGCCGCAUCCUUACUAGCCAAGUGUCGCUACACCCUGCAGUACACGUAUCCUUUUGCAUAUUACCUGGACCCCAGCCCUCGUAAGAAACUCUUUGAGUACCAACAAGCUCAGCUAGAGGCAGAGAUUGAGAAUCUGUCGUGGAAAGUUGAAAGAGCCGCUACUUACGAUCGAGGGGAUCUUGAAAAUCAGAUGAAUGUAGCCGAGAAGAGAAGACAAACGAUGCUGAAGGACUUCUUCCCCUCGUAGGAGAGGAUGUUCUUGUCAUCACCAAGAUUGUCAUCAUCCACACAAGAAGAGGAAAAGACAUCUUGUCGUUGAAGGAGAUUAUUUCAUUGAUGUUUCAGCAUCAACAUUCUUGGCAGAUCGGAGGCGAGAAACUGGACAGUGCUGUGGCCGAUUUCACGAAACGCUGGAAUUAAUCCUAACUCGAGUUAGGACGAUUAACCCGUCCUAACUUAGGAUGGGUUCAAUUCGUGCUACGUAUUCGGAUACGGAACUAAACCCGUCCUAAGUCCUUAGAUUAAUCCUAAGUUAGGAAGAGAUUGAUGAAAUCGACAGCUGGAAAGACAGAAAAUGAUGAAAAAAAAAUAACAAAAGGAGUUGCAGGGAGACGUUUAUUCCAACAUUCUUGGAACAUUCAUGGAUGACAGCAGGCCAUGGCCCUCGAUGGUCGAUGUCUUGGCCUUUGCGCCCCUAGUCUUGGCCUUUGUGCCCUUUCAAAAGUUUCUACAGACUUUAAGAUUUUCCAAUGAAAGCGCCUUUACAGACUAAAAAUCGCCUUGAACUCUCCAAGCCUGAUGUUCUUAUUAUUACCGUCAUUGUUUAUUUCAAUAACUGAUUAGAGACGAGAGGACUGGUGAUGCAGGAAAUAUGAUUCCUUUAGGAAGUGACGUUUGCAUUCUCAUCAGCAACGAGUUAUGAUCGUCAACAUCUUUAUCGCCCCUGAAUCAUUGUGAAGAUGUACAAAAUUGUUUUGGGUUCUUUCAUCUUUGCUAAAUAAACUUGGAUGAAAGCUACAUGUAGGAUGGUGUUUUGAGAAUUCUUUUUCAAAUAGAUUCCUCGUUGAAAAUUUAUCUCUGUGACCAUCUUGUGAACAUGAGAGACAAGAAGCGAGUUUUAAGAAGUAACUAUAUUUGCUAGACCUGCAGGCACAACCAUGUGUAUGAACAUCUCUUUAGGGAGGAGUGUUUGAUCUGAAAAUAGCCGGUGUGGUCUCGAUGUUUCGAUCAGUAUACUUUGCUGGUCUUCAGGAGAAUUCUUGACUACUGAUGAUGAUUAGGCUUAAUUGGAGCUGGAGAGAGGCACAUUUGGGUGGGAAGUAUCCAAUGCCAGUUUGGCGCAAGAACCGUCGUUGACCAUUGUGUGACUUAGUAAGCCCGGAGUCUGUCUAGUCAACGAUAGUUGGACUACUCUAGUCAAUAUUUGGAACCAGCCUACCGGGCAUGAUCACAUCCCUGGUUAUCAAUAGCCAGUUUCUUAGCACAGUGCUGAGUGGACCAGUUAUUGUUUACUUAAAAAAAUGUUUACUUUUGUUGAUCCAACAUGAUUUUAUGGUCGUGUUGUCGUGACAUAAAACUAGAGUUGCUCGCAUUUCCUGUUCACUAACCUACGCACUAAAGAUGCUCCAAGCUGUUCUUGUCCUGUGAUGCAUGGACAUUUCAACGUAACCCAGAAGGAUUUUCUGUCAUUCUGGACGACAAUAUCUGUCUCCUCGUCACAUAAUUUUGGGGAGCAUAGAAGAUGAUUUAAAGAGGCAACUUGAUAAAGCUUUUCAUCAUCAUCAUCACCAUCAUCGUUUUUGCUCGAGAUACUCACUGGCACCCCCGAACAAAAAUGUUUUCAAAAUAGGGAGACCCCCCAGGAUAAAGCUAGUUAGCUCAGUUGG